UGCCUGCUCUAACAUGUGGGCGCGCGCUCUGUCAGUCCAGUUGUGCGCUCGCGCUGGAAGAGCCUUCAGUUGGGAAGUUUGUGUGUUGUGUGAGUGUGUGUGUGUGUGUGUGUUGUGUGAGUGAACAGUGCUCACAGGGAGGACGCCACCCAGCCCCGCCGCUGGAUCUCAGGCUGGGAGUCUCUCUGAGGACGCGGGACGAAAAAACCCAAACUACUCUUCGACUUCUUCACAACUAAAGUGGAUUUAGUUUUGUUAAAGCUUCACACACCCGGGAUGGUUAUUGCGCUUUUUACGCGGCUUUUACCUCACUGGGAUUAACGCUGCGCAAGAGAAAUGAAAGUGACGGUGUGUUUCGGGAGGACCCGGGUGGUCGUUCCGUGUGGAGAUGGGAAUUUAAGAGUGCAGGACCUGAUCGAACAGGCGGCCAUGAGGUACCGGAAGGCGAUCGCAAAGGACAUAAGUUACUGGGUUCAGGUGCACAGGUUGGAGCACGAUGGAGGCAUUUUGGACCUGGACGACAUGCUGUGUGACGUGGUGGACGACAAAGAUAGGCUGGUUGCCGUCUAUGAAGAGCAGGAUCCUCACAAUGGAGGGGACGGUACGAGUGCCAGCUCAGGUACCCAGAGCCCCGAACCUUUUGCCAGCGAUAUGAGCUCAGCAUCGGCCUUUCAGCCCUACCAGGCCAACAGCGAGAUCGAGGUCACCCCAUCCGCUCUGCGAUCCAACAUGCCUCUCAGUGUCCGUCGCAGCAGUGAUCCCUCCCUAGCCGGCCUUCCCCUGGGUGAAGUCGCGGUCAUGCCGGAGGAACCGUCCAGAAAGAACCCGGCUCGCUGGUCCACGACUGCCGGCUUCCAAAAGCACGGCCACAAGCCAAACACAAGCGCCGCCACCGGCAGCCUGGAGAGAAAGGGUCGAGGAGCCCACGCCUACAGGAGUCUUCCUCGUGACGCGAGUGGCUGGUCCACUCAGUUCCAGAGAGAGAUGACCCGAUCUUCCCUGAGCGCCAACCAUCCAAUGGUGGACCGAUGGCUUGACAGACAGGAACAGGAGGAGGAGGAGGAAGAGGAGCGGAGGAGACACGAACGGAGGAUUGAACGGAUCGAGCCGGUGGGGAGGGCCGAUUCCUCGUUGGAACAUUCGCCUGUGUUUAGCCUUGAAGGCAUGCUCAAGCCGGUCGAGGUGUCCAAUGAAGGAGGGCCCCUGGGGAUCCACGUAGUGCCUUACAGUUCGCAGGAUGUAAGGACUCAGGGCUUGCUAGUGAAGCGUCUGGAGCGCGGGGGCAAAGCUGAGCAGGAGCGACUCUUCCAGGAGAACGACUGUAUCGUCAGAAUUAAUCAGGGAGACAUCCGACACCUGCGCUUUGAACAAGCACAGAACAUUUUCAAGCAGGCGAUGCGGCCGGCUCAUCCUUUCCACGUGGUCCCGGCCUCCAUGAAGAGGCAGUACGAGCUGCUGGCCCAGAACGAGCUCAGCCCUCCUCAGUCCAACAGAGUCCGCUUCAGCACGGACUCCCAGCAGGUGGGGGACCGGUCCAGUAUGGCCGGGUCACGGACGUCCAGAUCUGGUGCACAACCAGGCCUAAAUCACAACCAUCAGGGACCUCUAGCAGGAAGCACCCCAGAGCUGAGCCGGCGGUACACCACGUUCCCCCACACCAUGGUCACCAGGACCGCGUCCGCCCCCUCCCCCUCCCUGCAGCGCAGGGUGAGCACAAACCCGUCCAACAGCUCCUACCUGAAGAACAAAGGCCGCAGAUUCAACAUCGAGCUCAAGAAAGGUCCAGAAGGUCUUGGGUUCAGCAUCACAUCCAGAGACGUCCCCAUUGGUGGCAGUGCUCCAAUCUAUGUCAAAAACAUCCUUCCCCGAGGCGCCGCCAUCCAAGAUGGCCGAUUAAAAGCUGGAGAUCAGCUGCUUGAGGUUAGUGGAGUGGAUCUGAACGGUAGGAGCCAGGAAGAGGUUGUGGCCCUGCUCAGAGCAACACCCAUGGGUGGGACUGUGAAACUGUCGGUGGUUCGCCAAGAGGACGCCAUGCUGCCCCGAGAAGUGCAGCUGGAAGAAGACGACUUGGUGUUGACUCCUGAUGGUACACAGGAGUUCAUGACCUUUGAGAUCCCUCUUAAUGACUCGGGCUCAGCAGGCCUGGGGGUCAGCGUCAAGGGGAACCGCUCCAAGGAGAACCACGCUGACCUGGGCAUCUUUGUGAAAUCCAUUAUCAACGGAGGCGCUGCUAGCAAGGAUGGACGUCUACGAGUCAACGACCAACUCAUAGCAGUCAACGGGGAGUCGUUGCAUGGAAUGACCAACCAGGACGCCAUGGAAACACUGCGCAAAUCCAUGUCUGUAGAGGGCAACAAGCGAGGGAUGAUUCAGCUCAUCAUUGCCCGGCGGGUUUCUAAAAACAAUGAGGAAGCUCCUGGCAGCCCGCCGGUUUCAGAGCACUCAGCAAACUCUCUACUGGACAACCACGAGCGUCGCAUCUCCAACUCGCUGUACGAAACCAUCGAAGGCUUAGGCAACGUCUCCACGCCGAGGACUAAUAUGAUGGGACGUGUUGGUAACUACCAGCUCUCUCCGACUGUGAACAUGCCUCAGGAUGACAUCGUGAUGAUCGAAGACGAUAGGCCGACCCUGCUUCCUGCUCACCUCUCCGACCAAUCGUCCUCCAGCUCCCACGAUGACAUGGGCUUUGUGGGGGAGAACCCGGUACCCUGGAUCCACGAGCUGCCCAGUCAGAACGAAUGCUCGCUCAGUCCAGACGCAGAAUCUGACGGAUCGUUCCAGAGGGAGGGCUUCGGACGCCAGAGCAUGUCAGAGAAACGCACCAAGCAGUACGAAAAUGCUGCUGAGCUGGAAAUCGUCAAGACACGCAAGUCCAAGAGCAUGGAUCUAGUAGCCGACCAGAUUAAUGGCAGCACAAGAACCAAUGGAGGUGCUGAAGAUCGAGGCAUCGGACCCUCGCUGGGCCUGAAAAAGUCCAGCUCCCUUGAGAGCCUCCAGACGGCCGUCACCGAGGCGACACACAACGGCGAGCUCAACGUACACAGGCCGCGUUCUCGGAUCGUCAGGGGCCGCGGCUGCAACGAGAGCUUCCGAGCUGCGAUCGACAAAUCGUACGAGAAACCUGGCAUCACUACGGGAGAAGAGGAAAUCAGCAUGGACACACUGGAUGAGGACACAGAGGGGAGUUCCAGAUCAGGCCGCGAGUCGAUGUCCACCAGCGGCGACCUCAUCGUCGGCCCAGGGCUGAACGGCAACCUCUCCAAAGAUGACAGACAGCGAGAUCGCGAACAAUCUGGGGGGAAGGAAAAGAAAAAACCCGAGAGAGAUAAAGACAGGGAGAAAGACAAGGACAAGAACAAAGCCAAGAAAGGCGUGCUGAAGGGCCUUGGCGACAUGUUCAGGUUCGGGAAGCACCGGAGGGACGAGCGUCCAGGAGACAGGAUGGAAAGGAAGGGCUCCAGUAAAUCUAAAGCUGAGGACAUGCAGGCGUCAGAGGAGGAGACCCUGCGGAUGAGGCUGGAACAAGAGAGAAUAGCGGCAAAGACUCGGGAGUUCCGGGAGAGGCAGGCAAAAGAAAGGGAAUACGCCGAGAUCCAAGACGUCGUCAGCCGCACUUUUAGCUCGGAUGAGGAGCACACCUACGCUGGCAUCGGGUCCUUAGACUCAUCAGACAGUAACAGCAUCGAUCCUUACAACCACCCGUACCACCUCCCUCAGAGUCCACAGAGCCCCCACCUUCCCGUGAGCGUCCAGGACAACGGCCCACCCCUGGAGGCUCUGUAUGCGCAGGUCAACAAGCCCCGCAACGGACGCCCUGCAGCUCCAGACAGCAGUCAGAUGGCUCCCAGUAACCAUGACCGGAUACAGCGGCUGAGGCACGAGUUCCAGCAGGCCCGGCAAGAGGACGACCUGGAGGACCAUCGACACACCUACAGCUUAGAGCAGUCCUGGGCGAGCAAUGGGAUGGAGACACAGAGCGGCCGCCAUUCGGUAACAGUGGAGACUCAGGCACAGAAGAAGCAGGAAGAGGACAGAGACGGUUUUCAACAAGCACAGAGACAGUACAGCUCUCUGCCACGGCAACCCGGUAAGAACCCCAGCACAGCGUCGCAGGACCCAUGGGACAAGGUGCAUGUGCAAGGAGAGGGAUUCCAGCCAUCCAAGGAGAAUCCUCGCUACUCCGGUGGCCAGGGAUCGCAUAACGGCUAUCUGGGAACGUCCAGCUUCAACGCACGCGUCCUCUUAGAGACACAGGAGCUGCUGAGGCAGGAGCAGAGACGCAGAGAGCAGGAGGCCAACAAGGCCAGGCCCCUGCCACCCCCUGCACAGGAAAACCCCGCCGGCAGCACCUACGACCACAACAGAGGCCACACUCAGGCCCCGGGCCCCGCCCUGGUGCAGGCCCCGCCUCAAACCAAGGGCCCCUACAGACAAGACGUCCCCCCAUCGCCUUCUCAGCUCGCCAAGCUCAGCAGGCUGCAGGGUUCAGAGAAAGGGAGGCUGUUCUACUCCUGAGACGGGGACAUGAAGCGGAAAGUCUAACUUUUGAGAGAUAAGGACGGAUUCUAAGGAGCAUUAACAGGAGGGGAACACAAAGAGAGGGCAGUGAGCCUUCGUUUUUUAAAUAAAUGCUAAAAUACAAAGAUUUUUAUGGGACUUGGAAACAUGUUAAUAUUUCAAAUAAGAUUUUUUAAUGAAUCCAACGAUUGUUCUUUUUUAGUUAUAUCACUAAGAUGUCUUUGAUUUCCUGAUCAUCUAACUAUUUGUAUAAGUGCCUGCUAGUCUAUUGAUUGUUAAACUUGUAUAACCCCCCCCCCUUCAUCAGUGAGCAGCUGUAUUACACUCAGCAUAGCAGACGUCCCAGCAGAAGGCCAGCUGAGCCAUCACUGCAGCAACCACAUCGAAACUGAAAACACAAGACACCACCAGAUAUGUUUUUUGGCUGCUCGUGGGACCGAUGUUCUUUUUGUGAAUGUGCCAGUCUUGUGUGAAUGAUAGUUUUAUUUUUAAUUUUUUUUGUUGCUUUGCAUGGAGACUUUUUAUACAACUACAGUCCAAGUGUAGAGUUCAUGAGGGCAUGAAAUGUUAAAAAACAAGAUUCCCUGUUUUGACAUUACAGGAAGUCUGAAGGAAGUAUGCUUGCCACACCAGCUCCUGUGUUUCCCGGCUCUUGGUUGUAUUUUGUGUUUAUACAUUUAAGCAAACAUCCUAAAUAUAAAGAACAACAUGCUCAUGUGUAAAUACGGUGAGGAUAUUUUCCUGCAAAUACUGACAACUAAAAUGUUCAAAUUAAUAACCCCAACCCAUCCAAGAGACUGUCACAUCCAAAGACACUUUCUAGCAUAUUUCUUCUUAAACAGCCAAUUUUUUCGGUAGUGCAGAAAAAUGUAAGCCACCAAUUUGGCUGCUUUCUAUGUAGAUGUAGAAGGCCACCCGAAAUGUCUGCAGCGAUGCCACCUCACAGAAUCACACAGUUUGGCAUUGAAAAGUCUGCAUCUGGGACUUUUGCUCUCAAUCGUUUUGACAAUGAGACAGCACUGAGCCCUGUCGCUAUUAACAACAUGCACCACAAAGUAUGUGAGUCUGAGAGUGUGGAGAUUGGGUCUAUAUGUUUAUGUGAGUUUGUUAUUUGUGUGCAUAUGUGUGUGAAAGUGUUGUUAGACAUUUAGAAACAGAGAGUGGAGGUUAAGCAGGUUGUGUAGUCAGAAAUUGGAGUUUGGGCCUGACCGAUCACAAACCCUUUAGGAACCCUCUACACCCCUUCAAUUUUGAGAAAUAUCCAUAUUUCUUUCAGAUACAAAGGUAUAACCACAACCCCCCCUCUUGCUUUCAAUAUGAUAAUCCUGAUUUUUUUUCAUCCUCUGGUGGCUUAUUUAUCUCCUUCCCCGCCUUCAUGUGUCAUGUUGUGGAAAACAGCUUUAGAUCUUCAUUCCAACCCUGUGUUACCCAGCCAGGGAAUCCAGCAGUAUAAAUGGGGUCAGGUCUGGGUUAUUAAUUAAUGUUCCACAUUAAUAAUGAAUGGGGCCCCCUUUGGUGUGUUUAUAUGUUGUCAUGUGUAGUGAAGAAGAAGAACCAGCGACCUUGCAGGCGGGGCUCUGGCCUGGGCUUCACCAACAGUGAUUUGGCUGUAACCAAAGCCUGUUGGCCCCCUAGGUGUCUGAGUUGUUCCAAGCUGAAUAUUUCAUCAGGUUGGUCACACGGGAAACCACAUCGGCUCUGCAGUGGGCGACAGCCUGUCAAACAGCCUGAUACAAUGGAGCUGAUUUUGUUUCCUUUCAUGAUCAUGUCCUUUGGUAGGAAACCAGUCGGGAGCUUUUGCUGUCGUUCAGUCAACAAUUAUUGGUACAUUUUUCAAAGUGUGUAAAAGGCCAAGUGUGUGUGUUCUUCUAUUUCCAUUUGAGAACAAGAUUGACACUUGCUUGUUAAGACUUUUGCAAUUUGAGGCUGCGUUUUUGAAGACCAAAUUUAAGAUUAUUUUUUGGUAUAGUUUACCUUAAGAUCCAUUUCAGCCUGUAAGUGUGAAAAAUGAUUGCUGAAUGCAGCUCCAAUCCAAGGUUUGUGAGAUAUCUGACAAUAGGUACAGUUUCAUUUGUAUCCCGGAAAUAUUCAACUCUUUCCUCCCCAUGUCUUUCAUUUUUGAGACUUUGUUCAGGCCCCUGUUUUGGCGUCCGAUAAGCUAGCGUCUGUUUGGGCUUGAGGGGAAUUCUCUCCUUUUAUAACCUGCUAAAUUCUCACAUCAUCUCACUCUGGAAGGAGAAACUCUGGUGACAGUCAAGAGUGAAAAAUGUGUCUGUUUGCAUUCACACGUGCACAUUGAAGACUUCAGGAGUUUUGUGCCAGUUUGACCAAGGCUCAUGUCUGCCUUUAUCUCAUUAUUAAAGUCAUUAUUUAGAGCCUUUGCCUCUUUAUCUCAAAAAUCAGUUAAUGGAUUGUAUAAGGCUGUUUGGAGUGUGAGUAGGAUACAUUGAUUUUUUUAUUGGGGUAGAGCUUCAAUGGUCCUCAAAAGUACGUAAAAAGAAAAGCGUCCUCACACAAACACUUUGGUAUAAUAAAUACCAAAGUGGACUUGCGUGUUUGUUCAACCGCCAAUGUUCCUUUGUAUGCGUGUGUGUUUGUGUGUAGGUGGACAUGUGUUUAAGUGUCUGUGAGUGCUGCCAGUGUCUGGACGCUCCAAUAUGUCUCUGAAUAUGUCUUGGCAGCCACUUGGCGGCUGAGUGGGAGACAAGCAGAGGAGUAGGAGGGAGAGUAGAUGGGAGGCCUGACCUUGCAGAUGAUUCAGUCAAUGGAGUAAUCACAACUAUUCCUCGGAGUCUGCACUACAAACAGGAGGUUACCAACAAGGCAGCGCUCGCCCCUGCUGUCUCAUCUUCCUCUUCUCUUCAUCUAUCUCCUUCAUGUGCUGUCAGCCUCAGACAUUUUUUAAAGAAUACGUCUGGGUUGGGUUGGUUUGCCUGUAAGUGGCUGUGUGUGCAUGGCGGUGUUUUUGCUCUGAGAAAAGCAGCUGCUUCAACUGAUGGUUCCAUUAUUUUCUGAAUCUCAUCAUGAACUGGGGAAGGGUUCAAGUGCCUGCAAUAUGUAAUGAUUUUUCUCAUUAUAUGCAAAUUUGAUAAUAUCCCCAUAAUGCACGUUUAUUAUUUGUGUUGUGUAAUUAAUGUUUGUGUGCUAUCCCUGUGACAAAGGGAUUCUUCCCAUAAAGCUAUUGUUUCGGGGAUGUGUUUUUUUUUUUAUCCUGGGAGAAAUGAGAAAUACAUUGUUAUUGUUUCAUUUUGUGUUUAUGACCAUCCCUCACUGUGUUUUAUUAUCCACAAUAUGGUACUAUGGUGGUGAAAAAAAAGACUAAUAUGUAAGCACAGUGCAAUUUCCCCUUUUUACGACACUGUAUCAUUAAGUACUGACUCUGCCCUUCUCUGUACAUACAAUAUGAUUUUUCAGUGAAUAAAUUGAGAGUAAUCUCAAAUUCUUGUAACAA